AUGGAAGACCUCUUCUCGGACGCCGGCGCGCGCCGCGACUCGCCCAAGGACGCCCCCCCCACCACGGACUUCAUAGACUUCGACCGCUCCGCCCUCGCCUCUCUCGAGCGCCCCUCGGCCGGCCCCGAACCGCCCCCCACCGCCUCCUCGAGCCGCGCGGGGCAGCUCCUCCUCUCGCUCCAGCGAAGGAAGAACGAGGCGAGCGCCAGAGUCAAGCAAAAAACCGCUCAAGAAGCCGAGGAGCUGCUCUCGCCCCUCGCCCCGCAAAAACCAACACACCAAAACGCAGAAAAAAAAAACGACCGAGACGCCCGACUUCGCGAGAACAAAGACCAAGCCGUCAAAAAGAAAAAGUGCAAAAAAGACGUCGGAUUCUUCCUCGACGACUCCACCUUCGCCGCCUCCUUCAAAAAACGGAGCGAGGCCGUCCAGUUCUCGCCCUCCCAGUACGAGGCGCAGCGCCUGGCUCUCGGAGACGAGGAGUUCUACGCGGGCGCGGACUCCCUGAACGUCCACCAAACCAAGCCAGACGACGCCCUCGUCGAAGAAAUGGUCCAAGAACUGCAACAACAGCAAAAACGAAGGGAGAAGUACCACCGGAGAAGACCCUACAAGGGAGAAAGGGACAUCACCUACAUCAACGAAGAAAACAAAAGGUUCAACCAACAACUGGAAAAACACUACGGCAAAUUCACCAGCGAAAUCAAGGACAGCCUGGAAAGAGGCACCGCUUUGUAA